AUGCGUAAUUUCGACGUGUACAAUAAGAGAGAGUCUGAUUACCACAUGUUUUUCCACGUCAAUGGGCUCAACUGGGACGACUUCCUCGUGCUAGCUACGGUGGUUCUAGCCGUACCCUCUGUCGUUAUUGUCGACAGAUGUAUGCUUCCGAAUGGCAUUGGUAUCGACAUUUGGAACGUUCCAUUUGACCACAUCGACAACUUUAUACGAUGGCUAUACGUCGUCACUCUACUAUACCUCCUCCAGGCUGCCUUGGUCAAGAUUACGCUCCUUUCCUUCUUCCUACGGAUAUUUCUCAGACGGCGAACAGUACAGCUUUUUGUCACAGUAGUAUCCAUCCUCCGCCUGAAAUCGCUCUUUUUCUUCGACGGGGACAACAACUAUACAUGGAAGCAAGCGAAAGUCGUCUUGUGGUCCAUGUACGAGCUCCACGUCGGAGUAAUCUGCGCCUGCAUCCCGACUCUCCGCCUGAUCUUCAUCCGCGCAAUCCCUUCGGUCAUCAGCUCGAUACAAGGAAGCACCCAGCGAAGCAGCGCGAACGGAAACGGCAGUAGAAGAAGUCGUGGUACAACUCAGAACUUAGACACGUUGAGAAGUGACAGAGGUGGGAAAGAAGGCCUGGCCGCUGAACCCAACACGAUUACAUACACCAGGACCUUUGCAGUCCGGCACGAGGAAAACGACGAGGAGGUCGAACUUGUCCACAUGGAGGAUUUAAGUGAAAAGACGUCGAGAGAACGAGGUGGUAGCUAUGCUAGUGAGCUGAGCUUAUAG